AUGCAAGCACAGUUGUGUGAAGAGAUCCAUCUGAAAGAAGAAUACGCUCGGCAACUAAGUGACAUCCAAGUCAUUCUUUCAGAGGAGAAAGCAAGGUUUAAAACAGAGCUGCAUGGAAAAGAAGAUAGUCUAGAGAAAUUUGAGAGUAAAUUUCUAGACAUGGAGGUUUUAUUGCAGCGGGAACGAGAUCUCGUGUCUCAACUCCAACAAACUCUACAGCAUGGAAGUGCCAAAAUCCUUUCUCUGGAGGAUCAAGUGGUUCUUGAGCAAGAUAGGUGCAAAAUGAUUCAACAAAAAAUAACAACAAAGAGCAAGGAGGUCUCUCAGUUGUUAAAUAUUCCUUCUACCAUAGAGGUCUCCCAAUAUUUUUCUCUGAUCCUGGCAGAAUUGUUGGCUGAACAUGCCAGAAAACCUAAAUCCUAUCCCAUUGCUCACCAAGGCCUCAUAUUGCUAUUUUAUGAGCAUUUGAAGGGUAAAGCUCGAGCUAAUAGGGAAGAUCCUUUGGUGGAAAAUGCCCACAUUUUCGAGGGUCAUGAGGGCUCUGAGUCUGAUGAAGACUCGUCUAACAUUCCUCUUCAUAAGAAAGUGAGGGUUGUUGUUGAAGCUAAAGAUGACAUGGAAGUGAAAGUUGGUUUUGAGGAGGAACAGGAGAAGGCGGUUGAGGUUGAGGCGGAGAGUGAGAAGAAAGAGGUUGAGGGAGAGGAAGAGCACGUGCAGAGAAAAGAGUAUUUUGAAGAGUUAGAAGUCUCAGAUAGCAGGAAUGAAGCCCAACACACUACAAAGGAGAAAAAACAGAGAGAUUUGGAUGAUAAAAUUCAAAAUUUGAUUAAGGAUACCAAUACUAUAGGUAAAAAGGAUACGACGGUGGAUACCAGUGAGGCAGAGGAUGAAGAAGAAAUGCAGGAUUGGCCGGAAAAAGAAAUGAUUAAGGGAUAUUUGAAGCAUCUUGAAGAUGUGAUUAUAAUCCUCAAAGAAAAGGGAGAGGUUUCAUCUCAUAACAUGAAUGCUCUAGUUGCUUGUUUGGAGAAGAACAAGCAAAACAAAGAGAUGGUGAUCAUUGAUGAUGUGUCGACCACCAGUUCUGCUCCUCACUCCUCCAGACGAAGAACAAGGCAAACUACCAGUGAUCUAGAGAUGAAGACUAAAGAUACCCAUCAGAUGCAGGAUAACAAAGACUUGAAAGAAGUUGCUAAUGCUAUGAUGAUGCUAGCUAAGAACGCGGAAGAGUCUAUAAAAGUUUUUAUCUGA